CUGCAAUAAGGCGCAGUCAAUACCAUUGCCCGCACAACAUCACCAUCCAAAAUGGUUCAACAUCUCAAAUCCAGAGCUGCCAAAAAUGGCAGCAACUCUGCAUUCCCGCUCGAUGUCCCAGGGAUCGUGAGGGGCGUUAUCGACUACAUCCGGACAACAAAUGGUCGCCGGCGUCUUUCAAGCUCUCCCAGUCAGACAUUGACUCUAUUGUUGCCAAGGUUCCUGCUCAAGUCAUAACCGACAUCAAGACGGUGCAGGACAAUGUCCGGACAUUUGCUCUAGCUCAACGAGACUCUCUUAGAGAAUUCCAGCUCGAGAUUCGCCCAGGGGUUUUCCUUGGACAGAAGAAUAUCCCUAUCGAUCGAGUUGGAGCGUAGGUCUUUAAAUGUGGGUUUUUUCUCCCACAUACGCCAGGUACCUGAUAGUCCAAUAGCUACAUCCCCGGAGGACGAUAUCCGUUGCUCGCGUCUGCGCAUAUGACAAUCCUCACGGCCAAAGCAGCCGGGGUCCCCAAAGUUAUCGCCUGCACGCCUCCGAUCAACGGGCAGAUACCUCCCUCGACCGUGGCAGCUGCAUAUCAUGCAAGAGCUGACGAGAUUUGGAUUCUCGGCGGCGUCCAGGCCGUUGCAGCGAUGGCCAUUGGCACAGAAACCAUGGACAAGGUUGACUUCAUUGCUCACGUCCAUCCGAAAAGGUCUCUGAUUGCCUUUCAGCGAGCUUUCGGCAAUUUUCGACAGACCUUUCCAAUCCAACCCCCAUCCAACUGACAAGGUGGUACCGCGUGCAUUGUAUGGACUGGCAGAACUCUGAAACUUUCGACACGUCGUUGAAGACUUCAUUCUGAUCGAUACUGUCGCAAAAACGACGGCGUUA